UCGGGAUAACAGAAUUAGUUGCUAUAGAAACUUUUCGUUACGUUUUGAGAAUUAGAGUUUACGGGUUUUGCGGAUAAUUGACGCGUCUCGCGGUUUGGCAAUUUUGGUUAUUGGUUCAAGGAGAAUUAUUACGCUUUUAGGCCAAGAUAUCACCGAGCCACGUAAUUUAUUCGAAUUGAAACCUCUCUAUUGUUUUCUCGGAAACGUGUAGGUGCAGAUGAAAUGCUGCCGCUCAGAUAAGUGGAUUUACGGGGUAGGAUGGGUUUUGAGUUUAGUUUUAGGGUGGAAGGCCACGCGAGUAAUCACGACCAUUACCAUGGCGUGGAUUGCCAAAAGGUCGAUUUAGGUUACGUUUACGUUAAAAUUUAGAGCGAUAGAAAAUAAAAAUAAGUCGCGAAAAUAUUAUUUUGUUUUAGUUAUUUAGUGACGUUUCUCCUAACCCCGGAGAUCCCGAGAAUACGACCGCGGAGAUAGAAUUUGAGCUACGCGAACAUUUGAACUUUCGCGCCGAGACCUGUCAAGCCAACCCUGCGUUGCCAUAACGCCUGGAGCGCUACGCUCCCGUCGGUCGCCGUGCGCCAACCUGUCGCGUAGCAACAGUUGCUACGCAGACGUCGCCGGCAUCACCACGUGUUGUAUUAGCAUCAAUCGAAUGACUAGUGAAUUUAGUGAUAAUUAGUUAGUUAGUUGUGCUCGAACCAUCGCCAGGAGAACACCAAAUCAUCAGGACAAUUAUUCGAGGACCAUUGAAGUCGAAUCGACCCGUUGUCCGAGAUAUAGUCGAUCAUUGUCUCCCAGCGCGUACACGUCGCAACCAUGCAGGCCAUACGGAGGGAGAGGGGAUACCUCAGGGCAGCCAACGAGUGGCUGCGCUGGGAGGAUACGGAGGGCGAAACCCUGGAUGGGGAAAAUAUUUUCGCCAUCCAGGAUCUCCAUGACAGGGCCGCCAAAUGGUUGGCGGAUUCGGAGGAUGAGGCUUACCUGUGUGGAGCUCGCUGGGAGGGAGGUGUCGGACCGGACACCCCAAGAGCCCACUGGAUCCGCGCUCUGAGGCGCGAGGCGCGGGAGUUGGAGGCCGAGGGUGAGCAGGUGCUCACCCUGUACGACGUGGAGGAUGCCUGUGCGCGCAGGGUCCUCUUCGGGGACGAGCCCGCCCAGCCCGACCUGACCCAGGAGGACUGGUCCCUUGAACAGUGGGACUGAGGCCACUGCCCCCCCCCCCCUAAUAAUAAAUUAAAAAAAAAAAUUUUAAAAAAUGUAAUAUCGAUUAAGGUUUUUUAAAAUAAAAUUUUUACAAUAAAUAUUUUCUUGUUUCUACUUUUAUUCAUUCCCCCCUCAAUUUAUUUCCCUUAGUU